AUGAUGCCAGAGAACUGGAAGCUGAACAGCUCCAUCCAAGCAGAUGUGCUCACGCCUUCUGGACCUUCUUGCGAGAGGCACCCACUGCUGCAGCAGGAAAUCGAAAUUCUCAGCCAGGGAAAGAUGAGCUUGACUGGUCGUACCCUGCAUUUCAUGUGGUCGGAAUCUGUUGAUGCCAUCACGAGAAAGGUGGACUUCUACCGCGAUCCGCGGUCCUUCACGCGACUUUGCUUCAGUGGUGAUGAGGGCACAGAAGUCUUUCUGAUGUGGCAACAUCUGACUACUCAGCAUCACGGGUGCACUUUUUGGCCAGAUCUUCCGCACAAGGUGCAAAGGAAACAAGCAGGAGCAGUUUCACGUUGCCCCGAUGCACAGUCCCGCAUGCGUGCAUUGAUGAAGGUGUUCAGGUCUUCCAGGGCCCCUUUCAGCACCAGUCGUUUUGGCAAUUCCCUGAAAGAAUCGCGUCAGAGGCUUGUCAAAGCAUUGAAACAAGACCCAGAACAUGAGGUGCUGCAGAUGUUUCUCCCGGGGAUUGCCAAACACAUGGACAUCCCUUUCUCCAAGAUGACACCUCAGAAGGCGAUCGAGGCAUUGGCUGCUCAUUCUGGCGUUCACGUGGUCACGGCGGAAUGCAAAGACGUUCGGUGGGGUGCUUGGCUGGACCACGCACAAGCUUGGGAUCGUGUUUGGCACCUUGAGGCCAUGACUCAACUUUUUGCUUCUUGGGAGACUGGUGAGAAUCCCUGGAGCGCGAAGGCACCAGAGGUACUGGCUGAUGAUUUGAACCAAGACUUCAUGCGCAGCAUCAUCUCUGUGUUUCGCCAGAGCAGAAUGUUUGUGGGCAAAUUCGUUUCUGCUAUCCAGAACUCGGAAGAUGCAUCUCUGAGAUUCGCCAUGUCUUUGGCAUCUGGACAUGCUGUGACCAGACUGGUGAUCAAGACUUUGGAGGAUAGCAUUCGUAUCCCUGCCCUGGACAGGAUGGGGGCUGUGGGCCCAGAUUGCAACUGUCAGGAGGUCCUGGAAUUUCAUUCCGACCUGCUUCUGUCCCAUGUUGGAUGGCUUUUCGAAGUGAACACCUACCACAAGUCCUUGCCUUGGAAAUGCGUCACAGCCCUCAGGCCGGCAUCUUUACCAGAGCUGCUCUCCCACAUGAAAUUGGAAUGGCAAUUUGUCACUGAGUGCGUCGACAAGCUCCAUGAGAAGUCUCUCCUUCAUAAACUCCUGGCGUGGACACGUGCUCAGCCCUACCGUGAAGCCAUGGUAGUAGCAGAGUCACUGGACUUCAACCCGGAGCGAGCUGCAAGUGAUCCUUACUUUCAAGGUGUGGUAAAGGCUGUAUGUGGCAUCUCUUCCGAACACCAUGGGAGUUUGCUCUCCAGUGUGCCAGUGGAAAUGGUGUUCAACGACAUGCGAGACGCAUGCAAGAAGAAGUCCAUUACUGAUUUCACCAAACCUCACGUGUUUGCGGAAAGGCUGCUCUUGAAAGAUGUGCUCUUCAGACUUUGGAAAAACAAUCCUGGAGAGUUUGACAUUGAAGCCGCCACGCGUAAGCUUUGGAUUUCCUCUCUGGCGGAAAGAGGAGUGCUUUUGAAGAUGGAGGCCGUGGGCAGCCUCUUGAUGGUUCUCAAAUCUGGACCCUACAGUGCCAGGUGCUUGUCCCUCUUCGAAAUGACAGAGGAGGACGAAUGUGUCUACUGCGUGAGCGACAAAGCAGCUGACCUCAUUGUUUGCGACGUGCCCAUCCAGGACAUCAACACCUACAAGGUUUGCUGCAGCUCAGUUUCAAUUGGCCACAAUUGCGGCAAACUUGUGUGGAAGCCGGUUGGGGAUUGGAUGCUUCUCACGGAGUAUGUGGCCCACCAUUCCAUUCUCCGGGUUUCAGCAAGCACAUUGACAGCUCUGUGUUCACUGCUGAAAUUGAAAGGAUACUCCAAACUGAAUCACAGAAAGAAGGCCGAGCUCUACUUGAAACAUUUUGGUGUGGAUGAUGAGCUUAUUCAGGCUUUGGUGCAGCAAAUUCCAGAGAAAGCCCCACGUGCUCCCAAGAAGCAGGGUGAUGAAGAGGGUGAUGACGAGGAUCAGGGUUCUGGCCCCAAAAAAAGAUAA